CUUUGUAAUUCGUUGAAUUAAGUUGUGAAAAGUAAACUUAAACAGAAUUCAUGGAUAAUUUAUCUGCAAAUAUUACAAAACGGUGAUAUAAUCGUUUUAUAAAUGUUUAAAAAUAUUGAAUAUAAGUAUUAAACUAAUUAAUUGCCGAUUAAAUUUUUUUUUAAAUAAUGGCGUUAAUUUAGUUUCAUUAUGUAUUUGUACAAUUUAACGUUGCAACGGGCUACCGGCAUUACUCAUGCCAUUCACGGUAAUUUUUCGGGUACGAAAACACAAGAGCUUUUAAUCUCACGUGGAAAAAGUCUUGAAUUAUUACGGCCCGAUGCAAAUACCGGUAAAGUUCAUACUUUAUUGGCGAUUGAAAUAUUUGGUGUUAUUCGAUCGUUGAUGCCUGUACGAUUGACGGGAGGAACCAAAGAUUAUAUUGUUGUUGGAUCGGAUUCAGGGCGUAUUGUUAUCUUGGAAUAUCACCCAGCCAAAAAUCAAUUCGAAAAAGUUCAUCAAGAAACAUUCGGUAAAUCAGGAUGUCGUCGAAUAGUUCCCGGUCAAUAUUUGGCCAUAGAUCCAAAAGGGCGUGCAAUCAUGAUUGGUGCAAUCGAAAAACAAAAAUUGGUGUAUAUUUUGAACAGAGACGAACUAAUUCGGUUGACCAUUUCAUCACCCCUCGAGGCCCACAAAUCUAACACUUUAGUAACUCACAUGGUUGGUGUGGACAAUGGUUUUAACAAUCCAAUGUUCGCAUGUUUGGAAAUCGACUACGAAGAAGCUGACUCAGAUCCAACGGGUGAAGCAGCGCAAAAAACUCAACAGAUUUUAAGCUUCUACGAAUUGGAUGUUGGUUUAAAUCACGUGGUCCGAACGUACUCAGAACCACUUGAAGAACACACUAAUUUUUUAAUAUCAGUACCUGGAGAUAAAGAUGGUCCAAGUGGAGUAUUAAUUUGCUCGGAGAACUACUUAACAUAUAAAAAUCUUGGUGAUCAACCCGAUAUUCGAUGUCCUAUUCCACGUCGACGAAACGAUUUGGAUGACCCAGAACGUGGUAUGAUAUUUGUAUGCUCGGCUACGCAUAAAACAAAGUCAAUGUUCUUUUUCUUGGCUCAAACCGAACAAGGCGAUAUCUUUAAGAUCACGUUAGAAGUACAAAAGGAGAUUGUCACGGAAAUUAAAUUGAAAUAUUUUGACACGGUUCCGGUUGCGUCGGCUAUGUGUGUCAUGAAAACAGGGUUCUUGUUUGUUGCAUCUGAAUUUGGAAAUCAUUAUCUUUAUCAGAUUGCUCAUUUGGGUGAUGAUGAUGAUGAACCUGAAUUUAGUUCAGCCAUUCCACUUGAAGAAGGUGAUACGUUCUUCUUUGCUCCACGUCCACUACGAAAUUUGGUUUUAAUUGAUGAAAUGGAAUCGUUGUCUCCUAUUUUGGCAUGCCAGGUUGCUGAUUUAGCCAAUGAAGAUACACCACAACUCUAUGCAUUAUGUGGUAGAGGACCCAGGUCAUCGUUACGUGUAUUACGUCACGGUCUUGAAGUAACUGAAAUGGCUGUAUCAGAACUUCCCGGAAAUCCAAAUGCAGUAUGGACUGUAAAACGCAGAAUUGAUGAAAAAUACGAUGCAUAUAUUAUCGUAUCUUUUGUAAAUGCUACUCUAGUACUUUCAAUUGGUGAAACUGUUGAAGAAGUCACUGAUAGUGGUUUUUUGGGUACGGAAUUAACAUUGUGUUGUGCAUCACUCGCCGAAGAUGCAUUAGUUCAGGUUUAUCCAGGCGGUGUACGACAUAUCAAUGCCGCACGUCGUGUAAAUGAUUGGAAAGCACCGGGGAAAAAAUCGAUUGUACGUUGUGCUGUGAAUCAACGACAGGUUGUUAUUGCAUUUGCUGGUGGCGAACUUGUUUACUUCGAAAUGAAUGUGGCAGGAUUUUUGGGGGAAUAUGAUGAGCAUAAAUCAAUGGAAGCGGAAGUUUUAUGUAUGGCCCUUGGCACAGUCGAGCCAGGAAAACAACGAUCAAAUUUCUUAGCUGUAGGUCUCUCAAAUAGCACUGUGAAAAUUAUAUCUUUAGAUCCAGCUGAUUGUUUAGCACCAAGAUCUUCUCAAUAUCUUCCUGUAGUACCUGAAUCUCUAUGUAUCGUUGAAAUGGGUUGCUCUGAUCACGAUAACAACAAAGAUGAUCUUCCUGGAUCCACAUCGUCGCUAUAUUUAUACGUGGGUCUAUCAAAUGGAGCUUUAUCACGGACUGUGCUUGAUCCAGUCUUGGGUGAAUUGAAGGAUCCAAGAACACGAUAUUUGGGAACACGUCCAGUUAAAUUAUUCCGUAUUAAAAUGCAAGAUUCUGAAGCGGUUUUAGCCAUAUCUAGUCGUUCAUGGCUGUCAUAUUACUACCAAAAUCGUUUUUACUUGACACCUUUAUCGUAUGAAACACUAGAAUAUGCAAGCGGUUUCUCAUCGGAACAAUGUCCUGAAGGUAUUGUUGCAAUUUCAUCGAAUACAUUACGAAUUCUUGCCCUGGAAAAAUUGGGUGCCGUGUUUAACCAAGUAUCAUUUCCAUUGGAGUAUACCCCACGAAAGUUUGUGAUACAUCCAAAAUCAAAUAAUCUAAUAAUUAUUGAAACUGAACAUAAUGCGUACACGGACGAUACAAAAAAACAACGACGAAUUCAAAUGGCUGAAGAGAUGUGUGAAGCUGCGGGUGAAAAUGAACAAGAAUUAGCAAAAGAAAUGGCACAAGCAUUUUUAAAUGAAGAUCUACCAGAAAAUAUAUUUUCAGCACCAAAAGCUGGACAUGGAAUGUGGGCAUCGUUAAUACGUGUUAUGGAUUCAAAACAAGGCAAUAGUUUAUUAAUUCAUCGUUUGGAACAGAAUGAAGCUGCGAUUUCGUUAUGUUUUGUACGAUUUCAUAAUCAACCUGAAAGUAAUUUAUAUUUAAUUGUUGGUGUUGCUAAAGAUAUGCAGUUGAAUCCACGUGUCGCAACUAUUGGAUUUUUGGAUACAUAUUUAGUAUCAAAUGGUGGAGCUACCCUUGAACUUGUACAUCGAACAUCAUGUAAUGAAGUACCAGGUGCAUUAUGUGCACAUCAAGGACGAUUAUUAGCUUCGGUUGGCAAAGUAUUGAGAUUGUAUGAUUUAGGGAAGAAAAAACUUCUACGAAAAUGUGAAAAUAAGCACAUUCCAUAUCACAUCGUCAACAUUCAAGCAAUGGGUCAACGUAUCUACGUGGCCGAUGUUCAAGAAUCAAUUUAUAUGAUACGCUAUCGACGCCGUGAAAAUCAAUUAAUUAUAUUCGCUGAUGAUACUGUACCACGAUGGGUUACAACGACAACAAUCUUGGAUUACGAUACAAUGGCAAUAGCUGAUAAAUUUGCGAAUAUUACAAUUGUACGUUUGGCUAGUGACGUUUCCGAUGAUGUUGAUGAAGAUCCAACUGGCAAUAAAGCAUUAUGGGAUCGAGGUUUAUUAAAUGGCGCAUCACAAAAAGCGGACACCGUUGCCAGUUUUCAUGUUGGUGAAAUAGUCACAUCACUACAAAAAGCAACUUUAAUUCCCGGUGGCUCUGAAGCACUAGUAUAUUGUACCGUUAGUGGUGCUGUAGGGGCAUUUGUACCAUUUUCAUCACGUGAAGAUCAUGAUUUCUUUCAACAUUUAGAGAUGCACAUGCGUAGUGAGAAUUCACCAUUAUGUGGACGUGAUCAUAUCUCAUACAGAAGUUAUUAUUAUCCAGUUAAGAAUGUGAUCGAUGGUGAUUUAUGUGAACAAUUCAAUUCAUUAGAUUUAGCUAAACAGAAAAGUAUUGCUGAAGAUUUAGAUCGACGAACACCGGCUGAAGUUUCCAAGAAGUUGGAAGAUAUCCGUACCAGAUAUGCAUUUUAAGAUAUUAAAUUUAAUAUUAAAGACAUUAAAAUAUUGUAAUAU